CCUGCACCCCAGGCUCGGCACCAUGUUUUUGGCCUCUGCCGCUUCACGUAUCUGACACGGCAAUUAGCGCGCUUGCUCCCGCCGGGGAGAACUUUGUCCGGUGCGGAGAGCCUCAACUCCCCGGGCAGCCACGUUGGUCCGCGCGCCCCACGGGGACAGGACACGCCCUCGGCGACAGCCCGCGGGCCCCAGCCUUGGGCAACCUCGGAUCCGGGCGGCCCGGCCCGGACUCUGCAGGCGGCGGCUCCGCUCCCGGCCGCACCUUCCCGCCCCACCCCGGACGCCCCUCGGCCGGCGCCCGCACAUGCUCUCGGCCACCAGGAGGGCCCGCCAGCUCCUGCACAGCUUCCUUCCCGUCUCCAGGAUGGGAGAGUCGGCCUCAAGGAUCGUCAGCCCCGAGGAGGCCCUGCCGGGGCGGGAGGAGCCGAUCUCGGUAGUGGCCAAACAUCAUGUCAAUGGCAACAGAACAGUGGAACCUUUCCCAGAGGGAACGCAGAUGGCUGUUUUUGGAAUGGGCUGUUUCUGGGGAGCUGAAAGGAAAUUCUGGGUCUUGAAAGGAGUGUAUUCAACUCAAGUCGGUUUUGCAGGAGGCUAUACUUCCAAUCCUACUUAUAAAGAAGUCUGCUCAGAAAAAACUGGCCAUGCCGAAGUUGUCCGAGUUGUGUACCAGCCAGAACACAUCAGCUUUGAGGAACUGCUCAAGGUCUUCUGGGAGAACCACGACCCAACCCAAGGCAUGCGCCAAGGCAACGACCAUGGCACUCGGUACCGCUCAGCCAUCUACCCGACCUCGGCCAAGCAAAUGGAGGCUGCCGUGCAGUCCCGAGAGGAAUAUCAGAAGGUCCUCUCAGAGCAUGGCUUUAGCUCCAUCACCACCGACAUCCAGGAGGGACAGACCUUCUACUACGCCGAGGACUACCACCAGCAGUAUCUGAGCAAGAAUCCCGACGGCUACUGCGGCCUGGGGGGCACCGGCGUGUCCUGUCCUCUGGGUCUUAAAAAAUAAAAUUUCUCCCCACACACACGGGGCCCUGGGGGUUUUGGCAAAAACACUUUCAAC